CCCAACAGUUCGACACCAGGGGUUGUCUAUUUUUUCCCUUUAGUUUGUAGGAUAUAUUUUGACAUAUAUCCUAUUUUUUUCUGAUAUUGAAUGACAGUCGACUCCGAAAUAUUUAUGCCUAAAAGUAAAGCGCCCAAAAUGGAUGACCUGGACUACAUCCCUGUAGACCUGAGCCCGGAGGAGCGCUCUGAGCUGGAGGACAUCCGCAGGAGGAAGGGCGUCCUGCUGCAGGAGAUACAGAGGCUCCGAGAGGAGUUAAGAGAGGCCAUUUUGGAGGUGGAGGGGCUGGAGACCAGCACGGAGGGCAGUAAAACGCUCCAGAAAAGUCGGCAUGUGGCAAUGGGAAGGAAGAAAUUCAAUAUGGACCCAAAAAAGGGCAUUGUGUUUCUGGUGGACAACGAGAUGCUCAGACACACUACAGAGGAUAUCUCCCAGUUUCUCUACAAAGGCGAGGGCCUCAACAAGACCGCGAUAGGAGAUUACCUUGGAGAAAGGGAUGAAUUCAACCUCAAAGUUCUUCAGGCUUUUGUUGACCUCCAUGAGUUUACUGAUCUCAACCUCGUCCAGGCCCUCAGACAAUUCCUGUGGAGUUUCCGUUUGCCUGGUGAAGCUCAGAAGAUUGACAGAAUGAUGGAGGCCUUUGCUCAGAGAUACUGCCACUGCAACCCCGGGGUCUUCCAGAGCACUGACACAUGUUAUGUGCUGUCAUUUGCCAUCAUUAUGCUGAAUACAAGCCUCCACAACCCAAGCGUGAGGGACAAGCCCGGAAUUGACCGGUUCAUCUCAAUGAACCGAGGCAUCAAUGAGGGAGGAGACCUGCCCGAGGACCUGCUCAGGAAUCUUUACGAAAGCAUUAAAAAUGAGCCCUUCAAGAUCCCAGAAGACGACGGCAACGACCUGACGCACACCUUCUUCAACCCUGACCGAGAGGGCUGGCUUCUUAAACUUGGAGGACGAGUGAAAACCUGGAAACGGCGAUGGUUCAUUCUCACAGACAACUGCCUUUAUUACUUUGAAUACACCACAGAUAAGGAACCCCGAGGCAUCAUUCCCUUGGAAAACCUCAGCAUCCGCGAGGUAGAAGACCCAAGAAAACCUAACUGUUUUGAGUUGUACAUCCCCAACAACCGCGGUCAGCUGAUAAAGGCGUGCAAGACGGAGGCCGAUGGGAGAGUAGUGGAAGGAAACCACAAUGUGUAUCGUAUCUCCGCCCCCACACCCGAGGAGAAGGAUGAAUGGAUCCACAGCAUCAAAUCUGCUGUCAGUGUUGAUCCCUUCUAUGAAAUGCUCGCUGCCAGGAAGAAACGUAUAUCACUGAAGAAGAAGGAGGAACAACCCUAGAGAAUUCCCAUCAGCUCUUCCUGUCUUCCUUUGUCAUUCUCAUCCCUCCUUCCAACACUGGACACAGGUUGUCAUCCCUGCUCCCCACUUCCCGUUUUAGGUUUUGUUCCCCCUCUUUUUCACCGUCCUGAGAAUGCACCCUCUCUCUGGUAGCGCCUUGUGGUCCUUUGGGCUCUUGACAGCCACAUCCAGAGCGAGGCGCCCCCCACCGCGGCUGCCUCUUGCAAUCUUGUUUCUUACUCUCCUGCUGUUCUGCACGACCUGGAGCACCACGGCUGUCCCGUCUUCUCACCACAUUCCUCUCUCGUUCAGCGUUUACGUAAACUGUGAAAUGUCUUUGAGACCAUAUUCACACUAAUGUGUGUGUGAUUUUAAAACAACAUUUUGCUUACCCAAUAUGGACAAAUUGGCCAACGCUGGGAAAAUGGAGGAUUUAAUGAUUCUUCAGGAUUUUAGGUAUCUGGAUUUAAUUCUGAGAAUCUUACUUUGUCCUUCCUCCUUAACAGUGUCUCUGAAAACCACAAACAAAGCUCUAAAUAGAUUUGGUGAAUGCUUCGUAGUUUAUGAGUACAAUGGCAACAACAACUGUGAGACAGUCUGUCUGAAAGUCGUCUGCAUUAGUGCGAUAUGGUCUUAAGGAGCAAGCCGCUUCAGUUCUCGUGAAGUCGUCUUUCACGUGUGUUGAUGCUGCCUGGAUGAGAAAUUGCCUUUCUUGAUUCUAGAGAAAAUGUGAAUGCAAUAUUCAAACACUAACAAGAUUUAUGUUCAGUCCACGUUGGUCCGAGUGGAAUCGGUGGAAGCAGCAACUGAUUACAGAUUAGAGACGUGUCCAUCGCUUCCGAAAGUAUUUUUAAUGGCUUUGACACUCAUUGCUCCUGACUUCCCUUAGAUACUUCAACCGUUAUGAGGAAAAUGUCACUGUUCAUGACUAUUCGCCACGUUACUAUUGACCUUCAAAUAUGUCCAUUUCUCGAGGCUGAAAGGUUUCUUCACGAGCAGAAUUACUGGAGAAAGUUGUUCCUCUCCUUCCAGAUAGCUGCUUGUUUCAGCUGACUGAGAAUAGCAUGUUUUUUUGUGUUUUUUUUACACGUUGGAGCAAUAGCCGAGCAAACCGUAGUUCCAGUCUGUAGGCUUGUUUACAAAUCCUUCAUACCACUAUACUGAGCAUGUCCUCUCUGCUGUAACGCUCGAGCGUCACACGAAUAAUUUCCUUCCUGCCGAUGAGCAUUGACAUCUUUCUCACGAGUAAUAACUCAGACAUUUAACUGAUAGAGCUUUGAGAAAUCACAAAGGCAGCUCAUUACGAUGUACACUUUUUGUAAAUAGAUGUUAGCAUUUUUGUUUACGAUACACAUAGAAAUGAUUUAAUUUAUUCUUUAUCUUUUGUUAAAAUCUGAUUUUUGUACGAGCUGCUGUAGGACUGCAUGUUGAUAACUUGAGGUGUCGGUCGUAGGUACCGAUGCAGCGCUGAUCACGCUAGUGCACUGAUUUGAAAAGUUUUAGUGUUCCCUGUUGACAUGGAAAAAGUUGAUUUAUGCAUAGAGUGAAUUGUUUUAAUCUUAGUUUUAUUGUAAAAUAAAAAUAUAUUUAGGAAAUGUUUAGUCGUCUGAUUUAACUCCGGCCUCCCUGUUGGUUUUUGGAGUAAACCCGACUGUAAAGCACAAGCAGGAAUGAGUCUCUCUCUGUUGAGCUGCUCACAAGCUGAAACGGUCAUUUCCCAUCGUGAAAGAAAUGAAGAGACGACGAAACAAGGAACACAAACAAAGCUUUGAUUCAUUAUAUAAUAUACAAAUGUUCAGAUGUAAUGAAUCGGUAACGAGUCUAGAUUUGUGUCCAGUGAUAGUUUUGCUUGACAUCCAGUUCAUGAAUUUAUUACUCGUAGUUUGUUGACUUGGCAUUUUAAAUUGUAGUGAAAAUACUUGUCUCCUGCACUUUAUCAAUUUUAGCAUUUUGGAGAAAAUGCUGUUACUUUGACUGACGGUACUCUUUCUCACCCUCUACUGGCGACCUCACCCACUGCAAUAUGACGAAGGAUGAACCAUGAACUGUGUAGAAAUACUGUCUCACGCCACCGCCUGGUCAGGGCCAUCUUUAGCAGUUUUUUAUCACGACAUGUACCGUAUUUGUUCACCUGAUGAUAAGAUCAUGUUGUUUGAAGUGAAUUGAGGUCUUUUCUCUCUGAUCAGAACAUGUAGACCCUUAAAGACACAGCAAGUGAUUAAUCCUUCAAAUACAGAUACGGAUUGCCUUUGACUCUCCUCCAUCAAACUAACCACGGCCUAAAUUUAUACCUCCAUGUUGGCGCAUCCACUCAAAACACGGUCUGUCUGUAGGCCUUCCCUUUCUGGGGAUUCUUGAAGUGCCAAGUUGCCAACAAAUAUUUUCCUUAAAUCUGAAUAUUGAACACUGGAAUGAUCAGAUUGAAACUGGACCUCUGUUUCUGAUUCCACCCUUUUCAGAAAAUGUGUUAAUUUUGUAUUUAUUUAUUUUUAUUUACUGUGAGGUGAAGAUUGAUAGAUCAUCUGUAAAUGUAGCAAAAUGAAAACGAUACAUUGGUGCCAGUAAACUACUGUGUAACAAUAAAUGGUAAACCGACA